GAACUGAAAGAAAAGUAAAAGGAGAAGAGGAGAAAGAAAGGAAGAAGAAGACAUGGAAGCGGUAGCAGAAGGACUAUGGGGAUUAGCAGAUAACGAGGAGAAAAAAGGAGAAAUAGGAAAAGCAGUGAAGUGUCUUGAAGCAAUCUGUCAGACCCAAGUCUCAUUUCUACCAAUAAUCGAAGUCAAAACCCGUCUUCGCAUUGCCACUCUUCUUCUCAAACACACUCAUAAUGUCACUGAAGCUAAAUCCCAUCUCGAACGAUCUCAAUUGCUUCUCAAAUCCAUUCCUUCCUGCUUCGAGUUGAAAUGCCGUACUUACAGCUUGUUGAGUCAGUGUUAUCAUUUAGUGGGUGCAAUUCCUCCUCAGAAACAGAUUAUUUCUAAGGCCCUUGAACUCACUAAUUCCACUUUUCCUGAGGUAUCAGUUGGAUUAUGGUCUUGCAACUUCAAUUCACAGCUAGCUAAUGCUUUAAUUAUUGAAGGGGAUUAUCACUCUGCUAUCUCUGCUUUGGAAUCUGGGUAUUCAUUGGCAACCCAAAUUUGCUAUCCUGAAUUACAGAUGUUUUUUGCAACUUCUGUUCUACAUGUCCAUCUUAUGCAAUGGUGUGAUGAUAAUUUAGUUCAGACUGCUCUUCAUAGAUGUGAUCACCUUUGGGAUGCCUUGGGUCCUGAGAGAAGAGAACAAUGCUUAGGUUUAAUGUUCUAUAAUGAGCUCCUUCACAUUUUUUAUCAACUUCGCAUCUGUGAUUACAAGAAUGCUACUCAACAUGUUGACAAGUUGGAUGCAGCUAUGAAGGCUGAUUUACAGAAAAUGCGUGAAAUACAGCGUCUGAAUAAUGAACUUAAUGCCCUAAAUCAAAGUCUCUCCAGGUCUGACCUGCCCAACAGAGACAGGUCAUUGCUGUCCUCGAAGUAUGGCCAAAUUCAACAGCAACUUACAAAUAUGACUAAAUCCACAUCAUUUUCUGAACAAUCUCUGGAAUCUGCAUAUUUUGGAAAUGCAAGAGGCCCAUCACAAGAUAAGCUAGUUCUGGCACCACCACCUAUUGACGGGGAAUGGUUGCCGAAAAGUGCUGUGUAUGCUCUUGUUGAUCUUAUGAUGGUCAUAUUUGCCCGUCCACGGGGACUUUUUAAAGAGUGCGCCAAGCGCAUUCAAUCUGGAAUGCAAACUAUUCAAGUGGAGCUAGUGAAGCUUGGAAUUACUGAUGGUAUUAGAGAAGUGGAUUUGCGGCACUCUGCCAUCUGGAUGGCUGGUGUCUAUUUAAUGCUUAUAAUGCAGUUUCUUGAAAACAAAGUGGCCGUGGAGCUCACACGGUCUGAAUUUGUAGAAGCACAAGAGGCACUAGUGCAAAUGAAAGACUGGUUCCUUCGCUUUCCCACAAUUUUACAGGCCUGUGAGAGUGUUAUCGAGAUGCUUAGAGGGCAAUAUGCACAUUCUGUUGGGUGUUAUGGUGAAGCAGCUUUUCAUUAUAUUGAAGCAGCAAAGCUAACAGAAAGCAAAUCAAUGCAAGCUAUGUGCCAAAUUUACGCAGCUGUCUCUUACUUCUGCAUAGGUGAUGCUGAAUCAUCAUCACAGGCACUUGAUUUGAUCGGACCAAUUUACAGAAUGAAGGAUUCUUUUGUUGGAGUUCGAGAGCAAGCAAGUGUCCUUUUUUCUUAUGGUCUUUUAUUGAUGAGGCAAGACGAGUAUGAAGAAGCACGAGCUCGGCUUGCCAAAGGUUUGCAGAUUGCACAUAAUAGCAUGGGGAACCUUCAACUUAUUGCUCAGUAUUUAACCAUCCUUGGGCAUUUGGCACUUGCCCUGCAUGAUACUGUACAAGCCAGAGAGAUUUUAAGAUCCUCCCUCACAUUGUCAAAGAAGCUUUCUGAUAUCCCAACUCAGAUCUGGGUGCUAUCCGUCCUGACAGAUUUAUAUCAAGGAUUAGGUGAGACUGGAAAUGAAAUGGAGAAUGAGGAAUAUCGAAAGAAAAAGUCCGAUGAACUGCAAAAGAAACUUUCUGAUGCAUAUUCAUCCAUUCAUCAUAUUGAACUGAUUGACAAAGCUAGGCUUGAAAUUAAGCAAUUUCAGGAGUUUGAUGUGAAGCGUGCCAUGGAAAAUCAGGCCAUGAGAGUCAAUCUAGACAUUCCAGAAUCUGUUGGUUUAUCUACUCCAUUACCGACUUCUUCAUCGUCAAGACUACUUGAUUUGGAUAAUCGUAGACGUGGAAAAAGAAGGAUUUAGUUUUUUGAGUUUUUAGGCUUUUGCGUAUAUAUUUAUUUUGAUUGGUAAAGUGGAAGGUAGGACAUUUAAGCUUAUACCAGAUCGACGCUAACACUGCAUCCAAUACAACCAAUGAUAUUUACAUUUCCGGCAAGGCACUAUGUCCUUCACAUUACUUUGGUGUACAGUUUUGAAGUGAGAUGUCCAGUCACCACCGCUGUUGUUGUGACAUUCAAGUUGUUUUGGACUUGGCAAUUUGAAGCUUUGAUCAGUGUGCAAGCUCUUUUAUGUUGUGCAGACAAGUAUGGACUGGAUGAUCAAGUUUGAAGCCAUUGUUAACUGAAAAGCCACCAUCGGAAAAGACAUUGCAUUACUAUGUAAAACUAUGGACCUUAGUCAGACAAUGUAACUGCAUAGGUGUUAUACGUAAUCAAAUAACAAUUAUUGAUUUUUAUGAA